AAAGUAUUACUUAGCAUAGAAAUGAACUUUCGUGGAACAGCUGUUUCACCUCUGUAAUGCAAUAUCAUCACACAUAUUACCAGACCUUAACUGUGAUUCCGUAGUAUUUUGAUGAACAUUUGUAAGUCAACGAACACACACGAAAAUUUUAAUCAGCACCCUCGAGCAAACUUAACCAACCUCACGCAGCUUAGUUGCUUUUUGGGAGCCGCGACGUCGUGUCGAGGAGUAAUUUCGCGAACGCUUCCUCCGCAGCAUUGAUUGUUGUUAGGGGCCGUGCGUUAUGAGUCCAAAAAUACUUAUCAUUGGCGCCGGUGCGUCCGGAAUCGCUGCUGCUACGCGUCUUUACGAAAAUGGAUUUCGGAACUUGAUUAUACUGGAAGCUGAGAAUCGACUGGGUGGUAGGAUUCACACGGUACCCUACGGGGACAACGUGCUUGACUAUGGUGCUCAAUGGGUUCAUUCAAACGUGGACAACGUUGUGUACGAUAUGGGGGCAAAGUAUAAUCUAGUAGAAGUGGAAAAGCAUCGUGAAGAUGAACUCUGCAUCAAAUCGAACGGAGAGGAAGUUCCUAUUGAAGUAUCUAAUCGAGUCAUGGAUGUACUUGAGCAUUCGAUAGACGAUGAAGAAAAUGUGAAACAGUAUAAGAAAUCCUUAGGAGACUAUUACACGGACAGUUUUCAAAAAGCAUUACAGAGUGGCCAAUUUGCUGAUAUCGAUUACGAAACGUGUUAUCAACUCUUCCAAUUCUUUUUGAAAUACCACCAUACGUACAAUGCCGUAGAUAGCGUGUUUGAGAUGUCUGCAGCAGGACUUUUGGAGUUUAUUGACCAUCAAGAUGAAUACCUUAUAAAUUGGCGGAAACGCGGAUUCAAAACUAUACUUGACUUAAUGUUGAAUCGACUUCCGGAGCAGAAGACGAAACCGAUACCAAUUGAGGAUUACGUAUUUUUCAACAAGCGUGUAGUUAACAUCAGUUAUUCAACCGAUGCUAGUCAAUCUGCCCGAGUGACCUGUAGUGAUGGCAGUUGUUACAUUGUAGAUCACGUGAUAAUCACUGUUUCUCUUGGAGUUCUGAAAGAGAUUCACUCUACCUUAUUUACUCCAAGCUUACCUCAACUAAAGCAGAAUGCCAUCAAAGGACUGUACAUCGGCGUCGUCGACAAGAUGGUGUUGCAAUUUGAAAAACCGUUCUGGCCGGUAGGAUGGCGUGGUUUUGCUAUGCUGUGGAAUGAACACGACCUGAAGGAUCUUCGUAACUCUGACAAAAGCUGGAUAGAAGGCGUUGCAAGUUUCUUCGUCCCUGAAUAUCAACCGAACCUGCUAGUCGGAUGGGUCCACGGAAAGGAUGCUAGAACCAUGGAGGAACUUACCGAGCGUGAAGUAGUCGAAGCGUUAUUGUUCGUGCUAAGAAAGUUUCUGGUAAAAUUUAACAUUCCGGAGCCGAAGUCAUUUACUCGUAGUACCUGGUACUCGAAUAGAAAUUUUCGGGGAUCGUAUUCCAGUCGAUCGAUGAUCUCGGAUGCACUGAACGCUAAAGCAGCUGAUUUGGCGCAACCCUUGACAAAUUCGCAACAGCUGCCAGUGGUGCAGUUUGCAGGAGAAGCAACACAUCCAGAGUAUUUUUCAACGGUGCAGGGUGCCAUUGAGAGCGGUUGGAGAGAAGCAAACAGAUUGAUAGAAAUUUACAAGGAUAAAACUACGACAGUUAGUAAAUUGUAAAGCAAUCAGGAAGUAUUAUACAAAAGUGCUUUUUAGAAACAAAAAUUUCAUGUUUCGAGGUAUAGUUGGAAUUCAACAUUCCAUUCUAUCUGUAAUUUUCAAAUAAAAAUCACAUGUAAAGUAAGGUGUUCCUUAAAACAAUCAAUUGAUCGAAAAGUCAAUAGCCAAAAGUCGCCAAACCUAGAAUGAAGGAUUUGCUUAUUUGUAGAACAGAACAACUUUUGAAAAAAGUCGUUAUAUGUCAAUCGGUUU